AAUGCUCAGUUUCAGUUUCAAUUCCUGUCGUACAAUGAAAGGUCGAAACUCGAUUUGAAACGUUUUUGUGACACAUUGAUACUUCCCUCACUGUUCCUUCAGAGAUAAACAAGGAGAGCUUCUCGGUGUUUCAUUCAAUGCUCCUGUGCCAGAUGUUCAACUAACCAUUUUAUAGCGUGCUGUUUCAGAUAUAUAAUGCAAAUUGAUCUGCGGAACUACCAGUGGGAGGUUAUACAGCCUGCUCUUCGGGGCAAGAAUAUCAUCAUAUGGCUCCCAACAGGUGGGGGCAAGACCCGUGCAGCUGUGUUUGUUACCAGAUACCACCUAGAAACAAAGGGAGGCAAAGGCAAAGUAGCUGUUCUUGUAAAUAAGGUGCCUCUGGUGAACCAACAUUAUGAAAACGAGUUUGAGCCUGCGCUGAAGCAUGCGUAUCGGGUGGCGCCCAUAAGUGGUGACAGUGAACUGAAAGAUCAUUUUGCACUCGCUGUCCGGAAUUAUGAUGUCAUUAUCUGCACAGCACAGAUUCUGCAAAAUGCACUGACCAGCACUGAAGAAGAAAAGCAUGUGGACCUAACAGAAUUCUCGCUGCUGAUAAUUGAUGAGUGUCAUCACACCCAGAAAGAUGGAGUAUAUAAUAAAAUCAUGGGACACUAUAUUGAGAAAAAGCAUCAGCAUACAAAGGGUUUACCUCAGAUCCUUGGAUUGACAGCAUCACCCGGAACAGAUGGAGCCAACACUUUGGAACGUGCAAAGAAACAUAUCUUACAGAUCUGUGCUAAUAUGGAUGCCGCUAUGAUAACAUCCUCCAAGGAGUGUGUAAAAGAGCUAAAAGAUAGCAUCCCUCAGCCUGUAAAAAUAUAUGACAUUACAGAAGAAAGAAAAGAGGACCCCUUUGGGGACACAAUUAAAGUGAUGAUGAGAACUAUCCACUCCUAUUUGAACGUACCUUCAAUUUUGGGUCUUUUCGGGUCACAGAUUUAUGAGCAAUCAGUUGUGGAGUUGGAGAAAGAAGGAGCCAUUACUUUUGACAGAAAAAAGCGUAACUGUGCCCUUCACCUCCGGAAAUACAAUGAUUCCCUUCUGAUCAAUGACACAGUGCGCAUGAUUGAUGCCUUUCAGAACCUUGCAGAAUUCUACAGUACUGAGGAGAGCAGCAAAAAUAGUCUUGAUCAAACAGAUGGGUUCCUCCUCAAAGUAUUUAAUGAUUAUAAAACCAAGCUGCACUUACUUGCCUUAAAUAAAGCGUAUGAAAAUCCGAAGCUGGACAAAUUGGAGCAAACUCUCCUGAGGCGAUUCAAGGACUCAAACUCCCGAGGGAUUGUCUUCACAAAAACACGACAGAGCACUCAUGCCAUGCUGGGCUGGAUCAAGAGUAGUGACAAGUUACAGGCAGCUGGGAUCAAGGCGGAAAGUCUAACAGGGGCUGGUGUUAAUAGCCAGACAAAGCACAUGACUCAGGAUCUUGUCCUUUUUAUUUCCUAUGUCAUUAGUUCCAAUGUGUGCAAUGACGUCCUGCUGAUCCUGCUGUCCUUUGAGAAUAUUCUGCACACUCUCCGAGAUAGCUUUGAUCCUGGCUCCGGGGAGGCAACAUAUCAUUCUGACAUCUUAUUGUUGGCUGCAGAAUCUUCUGUCUGUGCCUCGAGCUAUCACAAUUGA